AGAAGCAAAUAGCUUUAGUAUCGCGCCAAAAUCACUCCAUACAAAACACACACUCCUCCAUAGGCGGCUUCAAUCUCCAUCUUCCACUACCCAAAAACCCAGAAAUCAAAGAGAGAAAGAAAGAGAAAAGGAGAGAGAUGGCAAAAUGGGUGAGUCCAGAUGCUAUAGCUACUUUGCUCUCAAAUCCAAAACCAGAUUCAGCUGCUGAUGUACCUGAAAUCAUCCUCCAGAUCACCAAUCUAGAACCUAAAGGGAAAUCUUAUGGGUUUGAUGCUAAUGAUGGAAAGAGGAGGAUAAAAGCAAUUUUCAAUUCCCGUUUGUCCACUGAGAUUAUCUCCGGAAACAUCCAAAAUUUGGGUCUUAUUCGUAUCAUUGAUUACACAGUCAAUGAAAUACCCAGUAAAUCGGAGAAUUAUUUAAUCAUAACAAAAUGUGAGGUGGUUUCUCCUGCCCUUGAAAUGGAAAUCAAGGAACAGGUAGAAAAGGAAGAAGUAGGCAUAAUAUUGAAACCAAAACAAGAAAAUGAGAUCAAGACUGAAGCUAAGAAAGAAGUUGGCAUUCUUUUGAAGCCAAAACAAGAAAUAGUUGCAAAAUCAGCUGCUCAAAUAGUGCAUGAACAACGUGGAAAUAUGGCUCCUGCUGCACGAAUGGCCAUGACAAGAAGAGUUCAUCCUCUUGUUUCUUUGAAUCCUUACCAAGGCAACUGGACUAUCAAGGUCAGAGUUACAAGCAAAGGAAAUAUGCGUACAUAUAAGAAUGCAAGAGGAGAAGGGUGUGUUUUCAAUGUUGAGUUAACAGAUGAAGAUGGUACACAGAUACAAGCAACAAUGUUUAAUGAGGCUGCAAGGAAAUUCUAUGACAAGUUUCAGUUGGGAAAGGUUUACUACAUAUCAAAAGGAACUCUCAGAGUUGCUAACAAACAGUUUAGGACAGUGCAAAAUGAUUAUGAAAUGACUUUAAAUGAGAACUCUGAAGUAGAGGAGGCCAGAAAUGAAGCAACUUUUAUUCCUGAAACAAAAUUCAAUUUUGUCCCAAUUGAUCAAUUGGGUCCAUAUGUUAAUACAAAUGAGCUUGUUGAUGUUAUUGGAGUUGUUCAAAGUGUUUCUCCGACAAUGAGCAUUAGAAGGAAAAGCAACAAUGAUAUUGUCCCAAAGCGUGACAUAACUAUUGCAGAUGAGACGAAGAAGACAGUUGUAGUGUCUCUAUGGAAUGAUCUUGCAACCGAUGUGGGGCAAGAAUUACUUGACGUUGCUGAUAAAUCGCCUGUAGUUGCAAUCAAAUCUCUUAAAGUUGGUGACUUUCAAGGAGUAUCUUUGUCUACAUUGGGUAGAAGCAUUCUACAAAUCAAUCCAGAUAUUCCUGAUUCAAAUAAGCUGAGGAGCUGGUAUGAUUCUGAAGGUAAAGAGGCUUCAAUGUCCUCUGUUGGCUCUGGUUUAAGCCCUUCAACAAAGAGCGGAGCGAGAUCUAUGUACUCUGACCGAGUCACCAUCUCUCACAUAACAAGCAAUCCAUCUUUGGGUAGUGACAAGCCUGCAUUUUUCAGCAUUAGGGCAUAUAUAAGUUUUAUUAAGCCUGAUCAGAGCAUGUGGUACCGGGCUUGCAAAACUUGCAAUAAGAAAGUGACUGAAGCUGUUGGAGGUGGAUAUUGGUGUGAAGCAUGCCAGAAGAGUGAUGCAGAGUGCAGUUUAAGGUAUAUUAUGGUGGUUAGAGUCUCAGAUGCAAGUGGUGAAGGUUGGGUUUCUACAUUCAAUGAAGAAGCAGAGAAGAUCAUUGGUUGCUCUGCUGAUGAACUUGAUACACUGAAAUCACAGGAAGAAGGGACUUCAUACCAAAUGAAAUUGAAAGAAGCCACAUGGAACCCUCAUCUUUUUAGGGUCAGUGUUACUCAAAACGAGUACAAUAACGAGAAGAGGCAAAGAAUAACAGUUAGGGCUGUUGCUCCAGUUGAUUUUGCUGCAGAAUCAAGAUAUUUGCUAGAAGAGAUCUCAAAGAUGAAAGCUUCUUAGUAGAUGACUUUGUUUUUGUUCUUAAAAUGUGGCUCGGCCAAUAUAACAUCCAAUCUUUUUGUAUCUUAAGGGAUAGUAAGCCAGAUCUAGAAUUCUAGAUUGUCGAUUCUCCAAACACUUUGUAAUAUAUGAUUAUUCUAUUAGUUGCUUUGUUUAGCUAUGCUCCUAGAUAUAUAUCAAAAUUAUCUUAUGCAGUUAGAGCUA